GCAUGGCUGGAUCAGACCCGCAGAGUGUUACCCCCGGCCCGGCCUCAGCGCGGGGUUGGGGGGGAAGUAGCCAGAAGCCCAGGUGGCCCAGCCCCGCGCGCAGGCGCAGACAUCAGGUUCCGGCGCUGAGAAAGUGCGCAGGCGCAUACAUCGGGGCCCGCGCAAGCGCAAGCGCAAGCGCAGGCGUCAGAGAGCGCUCCGCCCCCGCGCCAUUUCCGGGAUCCGCGAGGCCGCCCAGGUCUCUGCUGUGGCCACCUGAGCCUGCAGGAUGUUUCACGGGAUCCCAGCCACGCCUGGCAUGGGAGGAAGUGAAGCUGUAUAAGAAUGCCCGUGAGCGGGAAAAGUAUGACAACAUGGCAGAGCUGUUUGCAGUUGUGAAGACGAUGCAGGCCCUGGAGAAGGCGUACAUCAAGGACUGCGUCAGCCCCAACGAGUACACUGCGGCCUGCUCACGGCUCCUAGUCCAGUACAAAGCUGCCUUCCGGCAGGUACAGGGGUCAGAGAUCAGCUCCAUCGAUGAAUUCUGCCGCAAGUUCCGACUGGACUGCCCGCUUGCCAUGGAGAGGAUCAAGGAGGACCGGCCCAUCACCAUCAAGGACGACAAGGGCAACCUGAAUCGCUGCAUUGCCGAUGUGGUCUCGCUCUUCAUCACAGUGAUGGACAAGCUGCGCCUGGAGAUCCGGGCCAUGGACGAGAUCCAGCCCGACCUGCGGGAGCUGAUGGAGACCAUGCACCGCAUGAGCCACCUGCCCCCUGAUUUCGAGGGCCGCCAGACGGUCAGCCAGUGGCUGCAGACCCUGAGUGGCAUGUCAGCCUCAGACGAGCUGGACGACUCCCAGGUGCGCCAGAUGCUCUUCGACCUGGAAUCAGCCUACAACGCCUUCAACCGCUUCCUGCACGCCUGAGCCCAGCCUCCCUACCCCCACCUUCUGCGACGGUUCCAUUUCCCCCGACGUCUGCAAGCGUUUUGCCAUGCACAGUGGCCUAGAGCCCGCUCCCCCAAUAAAGAUGCUUUCUGACCUC